GCCAAAAUUAAGAUCUCACAAUAUCACUGAACCAUAUGUAUAAACCAUGAGAGUUUUGGAUGGUACAAUUUAUGAAAGAAGAAUCACUUGUCAUUUAAAUGUGGAACAAUAAUACGGUGGUCACUCAGAAUGACACAUAGGCUUCACUCGCAAAAUGAAAAAAAUGCCGUCAUUCGCAAAAUGAACCAAAAUUAAGAUCUCACAAUAUCACUGAACCAUAUGUAUAAACCAUAAGAGUUUUGGAUGGUACAAUUUAUGAAAGAAGAAUCACUUAAUUGUCAUUUAAAUGUGGAACAAUAAUACGGUGGUCACUCAGAAUGCCACAUUGGCUUCAAGAUCUGGCAUAUGCCGUCACUCGCAAAAUGAGCCAAAAUUAAGAUCUCACAAUAUCACUGACCCAUAUUUAUAAAGCAUAAGAGUUUUGGAUGGUACAAUUUAUGAAAGAAGAAUCACUUGUCAUUUAAAUGUGGAACAAUAAUAUGGUGGUCACUCAGAAGGACACAUAGGCUUCAAGAUCUGGCAUACGCUGUCACUCGCAAAAUGAACCAAAAUUAAGAUCUCACAAUAUCACUGAACCAUAUGUAUAAACCAUAAGAGUUUUGGAUGGUACAAUUUGUGAAAGAAGAAUCACUUGCCAGUUAAAUGUGGAACAAUAAUAUGGUGCUCACUCAGAAUGAUACAUAAGCUUCAAGAUCUGGCAUAUGUCGUCACUCGCAAAAUGAACCAAAAUUAAGAUCUCACAAUAUCACUAAACUAUAUGUAUAAACCAUAAGAGUUUUGGAUGGUACAAUUUAUGAAAGAAGAAUCAAUUGUCAUUUAAAUGUGGAACAAUAAUACGGUGGUCACUCAGAGGGACACAUAGGCUUCAAGAUCUGGCAAGUGUGGUCACUCACAAAAUGAAAAAAAAUUAAGAUCUCACAAUAUCACUGAACCAUAUGUAUAAACCAUAAGAGUUUUGGAUGGUACAAUUUAUGAAAUAAGAAUCAUUUGUCAUUUAAAUGUGGAACAAUAAUACAAUGGUCACUCAGAAUGACACAUAUGCUUCAAGAUCUGGCAAACUUGUGCCGUCACUUGCAAAAUGAACCAAAUUAAGAUCUCACAACAUCACUGAACCAUAAUUAUGUAUAGAUGUAAAACAAGAGUUUUUGACUGUAAAAAUUUCAAAAGGGAAAUCAUUUGUCAUUUGAAAUGUAGUAGAAUAUUAAAUAAUAAAUUAUAGUGACCACUGCUUUGUCAAGUGCUGUCACCUGAAAAGUACAGUAACCCCAAAGAUCUAACAUAUUAACUCAGCUGUACAACAAGCCAAAUUUCUGAAUUAUGGACAUGCUAAGGUCACAUCACCGACUUAUAUUGGUGUAAAAGAAAUGUUUGCCUGCACAGCUCAAGAUCCGGCUACUUAAGAUUAUUCUAUUAAUGAAGACGAUGCGCAACAAAGAGUACAGUUAUUUCUGCAGUAAACAAAAUGGAAUCAAUCAAUGGCAUAUCUGUGCAUGCAUCUUAAAUUUUAAGAUUUAUCUUUGAGGUUUUAAGCUUACGCAAAGUUAUUAGAAAACCAAAGUAAGUAAACGAACCACGAUAUCAAGAAGAACAUACCUUUCUGCAAUCCAGCUGAGUUGAUGACUUGGAAACAGGCUUUAUGUGAAGAAUAUCGCAACUGAUCACUGUCUCUCGAAAAUAACAAAGGUAUAAAUCGUAAUAGAACAGCUGAAUAGAAAGACAGGCUUUCUAUUAUCCGAAAAUAACAAAAUUACUCGUUUUGCAACGCUGUAUCGCUUGUGAAGUCCGCGUGAAUUUGAACUGUUCAACGAAAGUUUAUUUUACACUAUUCUAUUGGUUCAAAAGCCGCACGUGACAAUGUAAAUCAAAUCGCGCAUGUGCCAAAGUCACAUGGAAGCCUAGGCAACAAACAUGGCGGCUGCUCUUGCGACGGAGUGCAUUCAGGACUACAUUCACCCGGACGAUGAAACUCUGCAAUCUACUAUUGAAAUGACUCCUGGGUUCAAACCUUUCACAUAUUGUGCAUUUUGUUCACCCAAAUUGUAAAUGGUAACGUUUUACGUCAGGGCCUCCUAUUCCGAGACUUCUUGUAAUAUUUUUUUCCGUGCCACCGACACAAUAUCAGGAAACGCAUUCGACGCUAAACGAAAAAAAGGGGGGAUGGCCUUACCCGAAAUAACCAGCUGCAGCAAGUAAUAUUAUAAACUUUGAGAAGAAUGUGAUGGUGAUUGAAACGGAAAAUGCAAUGGAAAAUCAAAACUUCCGUGAAAUAACACUGUGAAGUUUGGUAAAUGUGCAAACGUUGGUUAAAGUGGUCGUAAAGAUAGUUCUUUGAUCAUAUUUUGCUUAAAUUUACGCCUCUAGUAACCAUAAAUUUACACAGUAACUUUGCUAUGCCAGAAAAUAUCAAGCAAACAUUCAGUUUUGACGUUCGAUUUUUACACACAGAACAAAAUGGUGGCAAACUUGAAUCUAAACACCAAAUUUACUAUGGGGAGCAAAAGUGAAACAAAAUAUCUGUAAACUUGAAAUUUACUCCACAUUUACGCCACCCUUGCAGAAAAGUAAACUUUCACUUUCGAACAAAAUUUGCACCAAGAACAAAUAAGUAGCAACAUUAGUACCCUAAAUUUACAAUAGAUUUGCUCAACUAGCAAACUUAGGCAAAUCCGUUUUUUCGUCCAGUGUAAGUUUCAGCCAGGAGCAGCUGGGAAAAAUAAUUUUCUUCACUCUUCUUUUAUGGAACUGUUGCUGAAGUUUCCCGUGCUCUUGCUCGAAAAUGUGAAACAGUUAACUCGUAAUUUUUACUUGGAAGAAAACCUUGUUCCUUUUUGGCCGACUUUCUCCAAAAGGUAGUUAUUUCUGUUGAGUAUUUUGCGAGAACAGAGUGCAAACUGAAACGAUGUAAUUCAAUGUGCAGCGAAAUGCGAACUUUGACAGAAACACAUUUUACCUACCUUCACAAAAUCUUCAAAUUUUCCUGCCUAAACCCAAAGAGAACGGUGAGUCCUAAAAAGAGUUAGCAAAAGUAGACAAACAAAUAACUCAAGGGAGCCUAUCUUUCGGGUUUUAGUUAAAGUCUUCGAAGAUUUGGGGAACAUUAAUGCGUACCUUCCGAGAAUAGGUGCGUCCGAGAGAUAGGCACGUUUUGUACCAUUAAAUUUGAUUUAUGUCGAAUUCCGCUUUACUAAGAUCGAACAAUUUUUUGAGUGGACAUACUGAGCUUCCUGGUAUACUGUUUACCUAGACACCCAUUUUCCACAAGGAAGGAAGUACGCUGACAAAGAUGACAACGCCAAAGUCGGCGACGACAGAAGCGUCAUUAAGAGGUAA